CAAUACUAACGAGCUUGCAGAUUUCUGGGACGAUUUGACCCGGAGGGUUUCAAGUUUGCGGAAGCGGAUAAAGGAAAUCUUCAGCAAUACAUUGAUAAUUGGUUUCCCACGAUGACCCUCGAGAUUCGAACCGCUUGGUGCUUGCAAGCUACGGAAGCUAUUGCCUACUUGCACUCAAAAGGUGUGAUUCACUCAGAUUUACGGCCUGAGAACUACCUGCUCUACUCAUGUCCCGAUGGCCGGAUUGACAUCCGUCUCUGCGACUUCGGAGGUUCAACGUAUGGGAAGCUGGUCGGCCUCAAUCUCUCUGACCUAGGUUUCUUCGACCCUCGCAAGACGCCCGACCCCACAGAAGCUACCGAUAUAUUCAGUUUAGGUUCUGUCUUCUACACGAUCAUGUCGGGCCACUGGCCGCACUGGGUUGACGGAGAAGAGCUCUCUUCGUAUGGGUGCAGGGUUGACGAACUUUUUGAGAAGGGCGAGUUUCCUACGGUCAGUUGAUUGUGGCCAAGUGUUUAACGAUGGCCGCGGUAUCUAGGAACUAUAUGCGAUGCACUUUUAGCUGGUUGUAAAAACUAAGUGAUGCAAAAUGAGAAUUGGACCUGAGCCACGAAACCAACCGCAUGCUUUAG